AUGCCACAGUCAACCCUAUCACGCCUCCUCGCAGCCAACAUCCCAUGGACUCUCCACAUCGCCGCACUUCUUACAUCCAUUUGGUUCCUCUCACCGGCAUCACGCUCCAUCUUUCUCCUGUUCUAUGGUCUCACCACAUUCCUCUUCGAUACCGAGUGCCUCUUGGCCGCGCUCCAAAACGCAGACGAACCUCCCCUGAUCCCGCACCUCUACCUACCCUAUGUAGGUCAUGUCAUCGGCAUGUUCUGGCAUGGUGCCUCCUACUUCGCCCGUGUCAACGCGUCAACCCAAUACCCCAUGUACACCCUGCUCACACUGACCGGCCGUACCAUCGUGGUGAUCGAUCCCGCCCUCGCAGGCACAAUUCAGAAAGCCAGCAAGAAUACUAGUUUCUACGGAAUGAUCCUGGAAGUCACGAAACGGCUGGUUGAUCUAGACGAGCCGACGAUGGAAAUCAUUCGGUGGAACAUCAGCGGCGAACAUGGACCGCACGAAGGGCUGAUGCAUGAGGCGGGAAGCAUGGUGGCGAGGGAGUUGAGUCCGGGGCCGAGCCUGAACGAGAUGAGUGCGGUGCAGCUGCAGCAAUUUUCGAUGCUGCUGAACGCGUUCGUUCCGGGCUCAACGGGCGUGGAGAUUUCACUCAUGGACUUUGUGAAGCGGAUAUUCACUGUCGGAAACGCGUUCACCAUCUACGGACCACAGAAUCCCUUUGCUUUGAACCCGUCUUUAGUGCAAGACUUCUGGACAUGGGAACAAGGAAUGAUAGCUGUAAUGGCCGAUAUCUUCCCCUCUCUCACCGCGAGGAAACCAUAUCUCGCACGUAAAGCCAUCAACGCCGCGCUUGAAGAGUUUGUAGCCAAAGAACACUAUCGCAACGCAUCGCCCAUGAUCCAAAAGCGCGUCCAGAUAAAUCUCAAGCACGGGUUGACGACGAAGAUGGCUGGGCACGCUGAGCUCAUCCUGCUCUUCGGCGUCACUGGUAACGUUGUGCCGACAACUUUCUGGGUGCUCGCGAACAUAUUCUCCCGCCCGGAGCUUCUGGCGAGGAUCCGCGAAGAAACGAGCCAAGCAGUGCUGUGCAUGCGCAGCGCACCGGUUGGUCCAAGAGAGAAAGUAAUAAACGUAGCGCAAUUGAAGACGAAAUGUCCGUUGUUGGUAUCCACGUACCGCGAGACAAUACGCUCGAUUGCGAACCUAUCUUCUGUCCGCCUUGUUAUGCAUACGCACACCGUCUCAGCGCCCGGUCACCGUCCCUAUCUUUUGCGCCAAGGGGGCAUAGUACAGAUUGCCUCUGGAGUCAUCCAUGCACUAGAUUCGGUUUGGGGUUCUGAUGCCAACAAAUUCAAUCCCUCACGCUUUAUGUCUGCCACGACCACUAACGAGCAAUUCUCGGCAUCUUCGUCCGCAACCGAAAUAACCGCGACUGCGCUUCCCAAGGGCGUGUCGAGUGCAGCGUACCGAGGCUUUGGUGGAGGCAGCGUGAUCUGUCCAGGUCGACAUUUUGCGCAGAACGAAAUUCUAGGGUUCGUGGCUCUCUGCGUGCAUAUGUUGGACAUCGUGGAUGUGAAGACGGGUGGUUCGUUUGCGUUGCCAGUAAAAGACGAUGGGAGGAUUCCACUGAGCGUUAUGAAGCCGGCGAGGGAGCCGCAGGUGCUGAUCAAGCGUAGGGAGGGAGAGGAGUCCGCUGCAUGGAGCCUAGAACUCUAA